AGUAAUUUUUAAACCAAAGUCCAGGGGGAGGAAUGUUUGCUUGAUCCCGCUCUGGAGUCUCCUCGUCUCUUUUCAUCCCAUCACGACUGAUGGUUUGGAUUAGCCUGCUGUUUUCUGAGCUUCAAAAAGUGCUGUGAGUAUGAGUGUGUGGAAGUGUGUGUGUGCGAGAGGGCUAUGCAGUUGGAGCUCCACACACACAGAGCAUGCCUGUGAGUGCGGGCUCGGGCAAACAUGAGCCUCCCCAGCCCCGAGAGCAGCGUCCAGAGCAGCGUCCAAAGCAGCGUCCAGAGCAGCAGCAGCAUCAGCAGCAGAAGCGUGAGCGGCAGCCCGAGCCCCAGUCCCAGCAGCAGCAGCAACAGCAGCAGCAACAGCAGCAGCAGCCUGAGUCUACCGCCCUCCUCCUCCCCCUCUCCCUCCCUCUCUCUCUCCCUCAUCUCUCGCUCCCUCGCCUCAUCCACUCUCGCCCCGCGCCGCCUCAGCCUCAGCCUGAGCCCGAGCCCGAGCCUGAGCCGCACCGCCUCUUCAGCACCACCAGCCAGGGGGACAGCUCCCGUCGCUCCCAGGGUGACGGCUGCAGAGCGCCGCCACCGCCGGCCCCCGGCCCCAUGGAGGAACCCCAGGGCAACACGCUGGUGGUCCGCAUAGGCAUCCCCGACCUGCAACAGACGAAAUGUAUGAAGUUUAACGUGGAGUCACCGAUCUGGCUGUCCAAGCAGCGUAUACUUUGCACACUGAACCAGAGCCUGAAAGAUGUGCUGAACUAUGGUCUGUUCCUGCCUGCGUACAACGGCAAGGCUGGAAAAUUUCUGGAUGAGCAGCGCACACUGAAGGAGUAUCCUCUACCCGCCAUCACUCCUAUACCAUACCUGGAGUUUCGCUACAAGAGACGCGUGUACACACAGACCCACCUGGAUGACAAGCAGCUGUCGAAACUGCACACAAAGGCUAACUUGAAGAAAUUCAUGGAAUAUGUUCAGCAGAGGAAUAUUGAGAAGGUAUCAAAGUUUCUGGAGAAAGGGCUCGACCCAAAUUUCCACGAUCCUGAGAGCGGGGAAUGCCCACUGACGAUGGCAGCUCAGCUAGAGGGCUGUGCGGAGCUCAUUAAGGUGCUGAAGGGUGGAGGAGCUCACCUGGACUUCAGGACCAGAGAUGGCAUCACCGCUCUCCACAAAGCUGUGCGCACAAAAAACCAUACAGCACUCAUAACGCUGCUAGACCUGGGGGCGAGUCCGGACUAUAAGGACAGCCGUGGUUUAACUCCUCUGUAUCAUAGCUCCAUGGUGGGGGGGGACCCUUACUGCUGUGAGCUGCUUCUGCACGACCACGCUCAGGUGGGCUGUGUGGAUGAAAACGGCUGGCAGGAGAUCCAUCAGGCCUGCCGUCAUGGCCAUGUGCAGCACCUGGAGCACCUGCUCUUCUACGGAGCGGAUAUGAGUGCGCAGAACGCUUCUGGAAACACUGCCCUACACAUCUGUGCCCUCUACAACCAGGAUAGCUGUGCGCGAGUUUUGCUGUUCCGAGGAGCGAAUAAAGAGAUAAAAAACUACAACAGCCAAACUGCCUUCCAGGUGGCUAUCAUAGCUGGAAACUUUGACCUGGCAGAAAUUAUAAAAGUUCACAAAGCAUCAGAUGUUGUGCCUUUCAGGGAAACGCCCUCCUACACAAACCGCAGGCGUGUGACUGGAGGCGGGACUCUGACAUCAUCACGCUCGCUGCUUCGCUCCGCCUCUGACAACAACCUGAACGGGGAUCCUGGCCCCACCCACUCGCCCGUGCCCUCUUUGCGAAGUCUGCCCCCUCUCGCGCCGCCUGGAGGAGAGGCGGCGGAUGGCAGUCUGCAGAGCACCGGCAGCUCUCGCUCCUCCCACUCCCGCUCCCCCUCCCUGCACCGCGUCACCGAGGAGCCCGACACACACGCCCUGCGCCGACACCCCCCAUACACACACAGCCACAGCCGCGGACGCCUCAGCCCCGGGACAGUGCAGCGGGACCCCAGCCCGCCCCCCUCAGGGCCCCCCUCACACGCUCUCUCAGGGGCCCGCGGGCCCAAGCGGAAACUCUACAGCGCCGUGCCGGGACGCACCUUCAUCGUGGUCAAGCCCUACACGCCUCAAGGAGAGGGAGAGAUCCAGCUGAACCGUGGAGAGAGGGUCAAAGUGCUGAGUAUAGGUGAGGGGGGCUUCUGGGAGGGCACAGUUAAAGGCAGGACUGGCUGGUUCCCUGCGGAGUGUGUGGAGGAGGUACAGAUGAGACAGUAUGACCCUCGUCUAGAAACGAGAGAGGAUCGGACCAAGAGGCUAUUCAGACACUACACUGUGGGCUCUUAUGACAACUUUACCUCGUAUAGUGAUUACAUCAUUGAGGAGAAGGAUGCCGUGCUGCAGAAGAAAGAGAACGAAGGUUUCGGCUUUGUCCUGCGAGGAGCUAAAGCGGAGACACCCAUCGAGGAGUUUACCCCCACGCCUGCCUUCCCUGCAUUGCAGUACCUGGAGUCUGUCGAUGUGGAGGGCGUGGCCUGGAGGGCGGGGCUAAGGACAGGGGACUUUCUCAUCGAGGUGAACGGGGUGAACGUAGUAAAGGUGGGCCAUAAGCAAGUAGUCUCCCUCAUCCGGCAAGGCGGGAACAGGCUGCUGAUGAAGGUGGUGUCCGUCACACGCAAACCCGAGUCUGAGGACGUGGUCAGGAAAAAGGCGCCGCCACCGCCCAAGAGAGCGCCCAGCACCACCCUCACCCUGAGGAGCAAGAGCAUGACCGCUGAGCUGGAGGAGCUGGCAUCUGCAAGGAGGAGGCGAGGAGAAAGGCUAGAUGAAAUCUUGGCCUCUCAGGAGUCAGUGCUGAGGCCGCAAGUGGAGGCAGACUACAGAGCAGCCACGGUGAAGCAACGUCCAACCAGCCGCCGAAUUACACCAGCAGAAAUCAGUUCUCUUUUCGAGCGGCAGGGUCUUGCUCUACAUGGUGCUCUUCAUCCAGCUCACAUGCAGUUGCCCAAAGGCAUGUCCAGAACCAAGUCUUUCGGAGCUACUGAGGAGGACCGGCUCUCUGCCCUGGCGGCGGAACACAGGUUUCCCCGGAGCUCCUCAAUGACGGACAGCCUGAGAGACAGUCACAGCAUACCUCCCCCUCCCCAGAUGGCGCCCCCUCCUCCACCUUCACUCUACUACCUGGACACGGGUCCUCCUCCUGCUUUCUGCCCCCCGCCCCCUCCCCCCAGCCGACUUCACGAUCCCAGUCGCUCCAGCUUUAAGCCAGGCUCUGAGCCACGGCUUCACGCCCUGCCGCAAACCAUGUCGGCCGAGCUGUACGAGCCUCCCCGGCAUGCUGCCCACAUUGAGCGCCAGAAAAAGGCUCGUUCUAUGAUCAUCUUGCAGGACUCCACCCACCUCCCUGUUGAGCCCACGGACAUCCCACGACCCGGUCCAGCCUCCACCCCACCCGAGAGGAUCAAGAGGAAAGGGCGGAUAAUCGAUAACCCGUACGCCAACGUGGGCCAAUUCAGCAUGGGCCUGUACACACCACCACCUAGCAAGCCACAGCGAAGAAAGAGUCCACUAGUGAAGCAGUUGCAGGUGGAGGAUGCGCAAGAACGGGCAUCAUUGGCGUUGGCUUCGGUUCAUUCCCGAGAGCAUUCGCCCACAGGCCGGCUAUUGGCCCACCACACCAGCAGGGCAGACUACUACCAGCAGCAGCUGCUGCAGGAGCGUACCCGUGCCCAUGCAGAAAGUCUGCUACAGGGUAAGGGGCCUUUUGCUGCUGCUAUUGCUGGUGCAGUCAAGGACAGGGAGCGGCGCCUCGAGGAGCGAAGGAAAUCCACAGUCUUCCUGUCCGUGGGCACCAUGGAAGGCAGCUCAACUGCACCUGUAGAGGCUCCCUCUCUCACACAGUCCCAUUCUGUCGAUGAACGCUUGCUGACCAGUGAGCUUGGUCAGUUGCCUCCCCCUGCCUUGGCACUGCGACCUUCUCCGGGCGGCACCACAUUUAUUCACCCACUUACGGGCAAGCCCCUGGACCCCAACUCCCCGCUGGCACUUGCGCUGGCCGCAAGGGAACGGGCUUUAACCUCCCAGAGCCAAUCCCCUGCCAGCAGCCCAGAACCCAGGACUAAACACAAGGCUGCUGAAGGGGUGCUGCUCAUGGACACCCAGACCAAAGAGGCUGAGCGUUCAGAAGGAGAGGGUGAACUUGCUUCACCCCCCUUCUCCCCUGGAGAAAAAAGGAGUUACACUCCUGCCCCUACUAGUAAGAUCCAGUGGGGAACACCUACCACUGCGAGAAAAGAAAUUGGAUUGGAGAAGAAAGACGAGAGGAAAGUGGAGGACAAGAAGAGCAUGAUCAUCAGCAUCAUGGACACCUCGCAGCAGAAGACUGCCGGACUUAUUAUGGUUCAUGCAACCAGUAAUGGACAGGCAGUGGGACUGGGUACAGAACGUGUCUCCCCGCCUCCCAAAGGCAUGCGAUCAGAGAGUCCCAAACCGAUGCUAGCUGAAUUGAAGCGUGCCAAGUCUCCUAGUCCAGAAUCACCCUCCGCAGCUACUCCAACACCAACCACACCCUCAACCCCUCAGGCUCCACCUAGCCCUGCUUCAGAUAAACCCCCCCAAGCUUCCUCAAGCCCAUCUUCAGAUAAAACCCUCGCCCAGGGAAGCUCAGAGGAAGAUGUGGAGCCCUACACAGUCACGCUACCACCUGCUAUGCUGUCCUCGAGUGAUGAGGAGACAAGGGAAGAGCUUCGCAAAAUCGGGGUUGUUCCUCCACCAAAUGAAUUUGCCAACGGUCUCCUAGCAAAGGCACAGGAAGCUGCCAUACCUCCUGCUCCUCCUUUGGCAGGUAAGCAAGCUGUCCCCUCAUACUCAGCCCCUGCCCCUUCGACAGCAGCUGCUGCAGGAGCAGCACAGGCCCCCACCACCAGUGGCCCACCAGCAGCCUCAGGGAAGCCAUCUGAGCCCCACCUGGGCCCAGAGUCUGCUGCUGACUCCGGGGUGGAGGAGGUGGACACUCGUAGCUCCAGUGAUCACCACCUGGAGACCACGAGUACCAUCUCCACCGUCUCCAGCAUGUCUACAUUGUCCUCAGAGAGUGGUGAGCCCACAGAUACCUACACCUCCCAUGCAGACGGCCAGACUUUCAUCCUCGACAAGCCGCCAGUGCCUCCGAAGCCAAAGCUCAAGUCCCAGCUCAGCAAGGGCCCCGUGACGUUCAGGGAUCCCCUGCUCAAGCAGUCCUCUGACAGCGAGCUGCUCUCGCAGCAGCACGCGGCUGCACUAGCUGCCGCCACGGGGGCCUCGGGCCCGGCAAGACCCCGCUACCUCUUCCAGAGACGCUCCAAGCUAUGGGGGGACCCCAUAGAGCCCCGUCCGCUUGCAGGCUCAGAGGAAGGCAAACCCACUGUGAUAAGUGAGCUCAGCUCCAGACUGCAGCAGCUCAACAAGGACACGCGAUCGCUUGGAGAGGAGCCCCUUGGGGGCUCGCUUGACCCUGGACGCAAGUCGCCUGUGGCUGGUGCCAGACUCUUCAGCAGUCUAGGGGAGCUCCACACCAUCUCUCAGAGAAGCUACGGCACCACCUACACCAUCCGGCCGGGCAGCCGUUACCCGGUGACCCGACGGACCCCCAGCCCUGGCUCUGGCUCUCCAGACCGCUCUGACCCUCUAGGACCCAUCCGGGGUUUUGGCCUGGCUACCUCCCCCACCACCCCACCUACCAUCCUCAAAUCUUCUAGCCUUAGCCUGCCUCACGAGCCUAAAGAGGUGCGCUUCGUUAUGAGGAGCUCCAGCGCCAGGAGCCGCUCCCCGUCACCCGCCCAUUCCCCUGGCCUGCCCACCCCACUGCUAACACUGCGCCCCUUCCACCAGAAGCCUCUGCACCUGUGGAACAAGUAUGACGUCGGCGACUGGCUGGUGAGCAUCAACCUGGGUGAACACCGCGAACGCUUCCAAGAACACGAGAUCGAGGGCUCCCAUCUGCCCGCCCUCACCAAGGACGACUUUGCUGAGCUGGGGGUGACCCGCGUCGGACACCGGAUGAACAUCGAGCGCGCCCUGAAACAGCUGCUGGAGAGUUGACCCCUCGCCCUGCUCCGUCUGUAGCUAGUCCCGCAACAAAGUUGUGCUCUUGUUCUUUUCUGCCAGAUUUUUUCCCUUUUUUAUUUUGCGUGAAUUUAUUUACUUUUUCCCCCCGAUUUUUUUUGUAUCUUUACCUAAGCACUGAAUCAUUUUAUUGGUUCAAACAAUGUAAGCCCCACCUCUUUAGUAGCACUUUCGCUCCAAAUCCCUCCCAUCUUGCUACCAGCAGCCCGUUAGACAGGUUCCGUGUGCUAGUGAGGGGCUGUGAGUUACAUGAACAUCACAUAGAAGUUUGACUUGCGUUACUGAACACGAUUAUCACCCUCAGUUUCCAUAUCUCCUCUCCUCCCUCUCUCCCUCUAUUUCUGUACCCUUGGCCUACUUCUACCUGCCGCUUAGGGUUCUCCUAGUCAUUCGAAACACAACAAGAAAUCAAACAAAAAAACAACAAAAGGAGGGAUGAUGUUGGAAGAGGGAAGUUCAGUUGCCUUUCAGAGUAUUCUUUAGAAGCGGAUGAGCAGAGCGGGUGUGGCCGAGUCGUUUCUGACUGCCGCCUGGCCCCUUCUGGCUGAGGGACGUAUUACAUCUGGAGAAUGUUAAAACCAACACUAGUGGCUUUUUCAUAAUCAAGACUUUUCUUUUGGGGUUCCAAAGGGAAUGUGACAUUAGAUAGGAUAUCUCAAUGUAUUUACAUAGCUUUGAAAAAAGGAGAGAGGCGUGAGAAAAGACAAGACGAACUGUGCAAGAUGCGCACGAGUCUCUCUCCCUUAGAUGAUGUUUAUUCCAUCAAUAAUUUACUCAUUUUUACCAAUUAUAUACAUAUAUAUAUUUGACAGAAAAAGUAUAUAGAUAUAUAUAACAUUUUGUCAUAAAUAUAAAACUUAUAUAUGGUAUUCUAUAUAAAGACAAAAAACACUGUUGAAAAUGAUUUUUUCCUAAUGGUCAUCCUUUUAUGGACUGUAGCAUGAAAAGUCGCACAGCUGAGUGUGACGGGUAUCAGAUUUGUUAACAGCGCAUUGUACCAUCCCCCUUUUUUCCUCUUGCUUUAUUUGACGACUUUAUUGUGGUUUAACAAAACCUGGUCUUCCGCCUACAAUUAGGGCGUCCCACGGUGGUGUGACCGACAUGUUAAACUGACCUCUUCUUGUCUCACACACAAACACACUCCAUAUCAAAUUUUCAUCUAAACCAGCUAUUUUAUUAUUAAAGUACACUAUAUGCACAAAAGUAUUGGGACACCUGUUCAUUCACUGUUUCUUCCAAAAUCAUGGAUGGUAAAAAAGAGUUUAUCUUGCUUUUGUUCAGGAAAAGUUUUCGAUUGGAUUUUGGAGCAAUACUGUGAUGAUUCGAUUGCAUUCAGCAACUCAUGCCAAAAGUAUUGGAUGGGGCAACAUCACAGUUCACACAUCCACAGCUCAAUGCUUGGGAUGGGAGGGGCUAUAGACCCCUCUAGGCCAUGUCCGGCAUUAGGCAUGCAUGGUGCCAAUUGGUUUAUGUUUACCUGCUCUAGAGAGUCCUGUUCUCUAUUCUAUUGGCAAUACUUCUCUUUUCUACAGGGACUAGACAAGCUGUGUGUGUGCAUUUGCACAUCUGUGUGGUAACAAUGGUGACAGUGUAAAGUAGCUGAAUGCAAUCAUUAGAAAAGGUGUCCACAAAUGUUUAGGACUUUUGGACAUACAGUGAGUUCUGUUUAAUCUGGUAACAUUUGGAAGAACUAUUCAAGAUCAGUGACGCAAUAAAAGAGUGUGUAUAAUGUGUGUGUUGGCAUGUGUGUUGCGAUAGGGCCACCGUGGGACAAGAUACAUCGUUUUACCAUACAUGGUAGCACAGCUGCAUGUUACCGACAGAUGUUUUGAGAUCUCAUAAAAGACACAGAAGGCAGAAUCUAUAAUUGUAAGAGAUUUUCUGAGCCACUACACAGGGGCUCGUGUGGCUCAGGGGCUCUUCAGCUCUAAGCUCUCUAAGCACUGAAGCAUUUCGGCAGAUCAUUUUGGGCUUGUUUGUUUAUUUAUUUAUUUAUAUAUUUAAUUGUUUUUUUUUUUUCUGGUUGUUUUCAGUUUGUUGAACCCCAUCAUAGGUGGAUUUUGUAGCUUGUGAAAUAUGACGCUUAGAAUAAUUUUUUAUCAACUCACUCUUAGACCGAAUUUUAGAACCACUAAAGACGAAGCUAAAAAAAAAAGUAUAUGCUGUCCUUUCAAAAACUCACAACUGUAUAUAUGGACAAAUUACAAAUGAUUUGCUUUUUAUAUCAAUCACAAGCAAUGUAUAUAUGAUAGUUUUCAUAUAAAUUUUUAAAAAUAAAAAAAUAUAUAGAUCUAUAUAUGAAUGUUUGGCAUAUAUGCAUAGUUAACCACCUGUCGAAAAAGGUGAAAAGAUUUUAUUCUUUGUAUGGACGGAGUUUGGGGAUGAUUUGCACAAAACAAGGUGCUAGCAUUCAAGCCAUCCACUCUCAUCUCUCCACUCCCGUCACUUCCAUCUCCCCUCGACAAAAACACGCCUGAUUAACUCACAAAGUGUCACUCAAACAUGAGCACUCAGUUCAUUUACUUCAUACUUUUUACAAAUUGUAAAAAGUGUAAGAAAAAGAAAGCGGUUGUGGCCAUAAAACAUGACGGUUAGAUUUCUGUAUUGCCGUUUUCACAAAUGAGCUCUGGAAAAUGUCACAAGAAUCAGGUAUGGACAUUAUCCACAGCUACCCUUUCACACAUGCAGCGUACAGCCGGAGAAUUCCCACAUUCUCAGCACAGGAAAUGUUCCUGUUAUGGACCAGGAGCAGUAUCUGCUUGUACCCACUGUAAAUUCACUUAGACAUUACCUGGACUUUGUAAUUAGGGGAUGGAAGCAUAAAGUCCAGGUAAUGUCCAGUCGGGCUGAUAUGGAUAACUGCAUUCACACAUACAGGGAAAUUCUGGAUUACUGUGCAUGUCUGAAAGGGGCUUAUAUGAGAGCUAACUCAGACACAGACACACACAGCUCAUCCCUGGUGUUGGAAUCCACAUGCCAACAAAGUGAGUUCAGACGUGAAGAGCCAAGGACAACCCUUCUUUUACAGAAUCAGUGCAUCCUUCUAAUGACGCUUCUGGAGCCACCCCCAUGUACCUGUCAGGAACACUGUGUUUGUAAAGCCUCUGUCUAGGUGGCUGUGCUGUUUCAUAUUUAGCACCUCUCAUCACUCUAGAGUUCAGAUCGAGUUCUCAGAGCAGUUUAUUUUUCCACUGCAUCCUUCUAAUGGACUGAGGAAGAGGGUGAUGAGGCUUUGCUUUAGCCAUGCUUGUCUGGAAUACGUUUAAAAUAGGUUUAUGAUGGAAAAGCUGGAAAAAAUGAAAGAUACAACCUGAUAACGUAACCUUGUGCCUCUAAACGUAAUCCUAUUAGUCAACAUAUUAAAUAAUGACAUCUAUCUAAUACAGUGUAGGUUCCUCUAAGUCCUGUCUUGCAGCAUUUUGGUAGGUUUGUACCACUGCAUCCCAAGAUCAGCCCAUAAACAAGACCUUCAAGAUGUUCUGGAGAUGUUAUGACCCAGUCCACUAGUCACCACAGUUCAUUUGGUUCUUGUGAAAGAUCGCAGCUUUUUACAGAUUCUUGCUCAUUUUUCCUGCUUUUAAGACAUAAACUUCAAAAUUGACUGUUCAUUUGCUACCUAAUAGGUAGAUACCAUAUAAAUGGGCACCAACUUAAUAACUCUUAGGAGUAUCCUAGCCCCUGAAUUAAGUAAUAAAUAAAUAUGGUAGGUAACACAGGUAACAGUUUUUUCCUUUUUCCAGUGUCUUAAUUUAUUUUUUAAUAUUUAUAAAAAGGCAGGAAGGGUGCAGAGGAAAAGCUCUGAGCUGAUUUGUGACCCUGAGAAAACUGUGACUUGCAUUCAUAUUCAUGACCAACAUUUUAAUUCACAUAAUAAACCCUGUAAUCGACUUUAAAACGUGCAUCAGUUGUUCUUAGACUGAAGUCAAUCCCUAAUUCAGCCUCAGUUCACACAUUCAAAUGUUCAGCUCAGUAGAUUUAACUGGGUUCAUGGUUGUGUCCAUAUUUCCUAAAACCCUGUACUGAAUUAUACACUUUAAGAACACAGGAUGCAUGUUUCAACACAUGACUUUCUUGUGCAGGGACCCUUCUGAGAGAAAGAGAAGAUAACUGCUGUAGUUCUGCUCUGCUCUGUACUGGAGUUUACACUGAACCCUGAGCCAGUGAGUCAUGUUCACCAUCACCACCAUCAGCAUCGUUCUGCCGUGUUCAGAACUCCACCUCUUAACUCAUCCCCUCUCUUUAUUUUGGAAUAUUUAUUUAUUUUUGUGUUUGUGUCUGUAUGGAGUGAUUAGUAACUAAAAGUGAAGGCAGAAAAAAAAAAAAAGAAUGUGCCAAAAAGUAAGUAGUUUUUAGCUUUUUUUGACACUAGCUCUGUUGAGGUCUAAAGCUGUUAGAAUCAGCACUAUGGUGCCACCUCCUGGAAAUCUUGAGAACUCCAGACAGUACCAUCAGCAUCUCUCAUUGUGUCUAGUUUCAGAGGGUUUUUAAUUUCUUUCUUCUUUUGGGUAGAAGAGACAUUUUUAUGUUUUGUAAAGUACUGCACUUACCUAUAACUGACCUGGUUUUAUGGGAUUCUCAUGGACACUUCAGUUUGGGGUUUGGGUUUCAGUUUUGUUUUGGCUGAACUCCACUGAGCUUUUGAGUGACUGACUGCAUUAGAUAAGACUUUCCUAUCCUCCCCCUUCCUCUUCCUCUUCACUGAUGCAGCUCAGAUACAGGAGGGCUUUGAUUCUUCCAAAAAAAGAUACAGAGUGACAAUGAAAAUUGCAGAUGAUUUCUUUGUAACCUUACCAUAUUUAACUAAAAUGGUUGGGGGAAACGUGAAAUAAAACACAUCAUUCACAUUACCAUGCUCUGUAGAGUUGUCACUCUUGUUUCCUGACCAACAAAAGCACAAUAAAAAUGGUAAGAAAUGCA